CUGCUGGGGAUAUAGCAUUUAAUUAUUGUCUGCUUUGUUCUGUUGCAGGUAAGGAGAGGUGCUGACAGAGCAGAGAUAUAUAGCUUGGCUUUCUCAAAUAAUUUACAGUAUUUGGCUGUAUCUAGUGAUAAAGGAACAAUUCAUGUGUUCAAUUUAAAGAUAAAUGUUGGUUUGACCACAAAUGAUAAGCCUCUGCCAGCUCCAGACGCUGAUGUUCCCCACAUGAGUCCAUCAUUCUCCUUUAUUAAAGGUGUGCUACCUAAAUAUUUCCACUCGGAGUGGUCUGUUGCUCAAUUCAGGCUCCAUGAGGGUGAGCAAUACAUCGUCGCAUUUGGCCAUGAGAAGAAUACCGUGGCAGUUGUUGGCAUGGACGGAAGCUUCUACCGGUGCCAGUUUGACCCAGUCAAUGGAGGAGAAAUGCAGCAGCUGGAAUGCCACAAUUUCCUAAAACCAUCAGAUCAACCGUAGCAAGAUAAUAAAGCAGCAACUAUUUGUCUGCAUUGUGUGCCAUGGCUGUCUGUACAGUAUCUCUGUAAGCUCUCGGCUCACCCGAGGGCUAAUGUUAUGUGUAAAUAUAUGCCUUUGGUGACGAUGCCAUAAUGUGCUCUGUGGAGGGUCAGAAGGAGCCUUGUGCAGAUGAACAAUGAUAGAAUGCAUCUUUUAUCUAUGAGUGUUCGAUUAACAAUACUUUUGCUAGUUGAAUUUUACCAAUGUCCUUGGCAUGAAAGUCUUUCUGCUAAGGUCUCUUGUUGCUCUUCAAAUAAAAUUGAAAUGACACAUCUCUUGAGCUGAA